GAAAAAGAAGAAAGCCGCGGACAGGAAGCGCAACCCUCUCGCGUGACGCAUGGCUCGAGCUACGGUACGCCAUUUGUGUCUAGCAGGAAAAGGCGCGGAGAGUGAAAAUAGUCGCACAACAAGCGGAAUCUGGCAUUGAUGACAGCAAUUAUCUUUACUGUUAGAUUAAAUCAUAGCAGGGAAAGAUAUGGUUAAAACAUUGACAUCAGGAAAGGACUCUGAAAGUGACACCAGUGGGAAAGUGCAGCCAGAUGAUGUGGAAAUGGAGGAGAGUAAAAGACACCCUUCACCCAGUAGGACUGCUGAGCCCGAUGAGGCAGAUGAGGAACUUGCGGCGAAGUCACAGCCAGACUCUCCUGAAUCUGAGGACGAGGAUAACCUCUGCUCAGUUUGUGGCUUCUCGGCCAAAUGUCCACGGUCGCUGAAGAUUCACUACGCACGGAAGCACGGCAAGAAGUCCAAGAGCAGGGACAAAUCCGCCAAACCAGCUGCGAAAAGUGAAGAUGUCUGUGAUGUCAGUCCAGCUGAGAACCAACAGGAGGCAGGCAUGGAGACUGAAAGUGGUGCUGAGGUUGAUCAGUACCAGAAGUCUGACCCUUCGGAGCUGAAGUCAGCGGCCAACGACAGUGGCAUGAAAUCAAAGAGUAUAACUAAAAAGAGAAGUGUAUCAGAUAAACAGCAGGCAGAUCAAGAGCUGAGCCCUACCCGAGGAAGGAGAGUAAGCAAGCGAACCCCCAAACCUAAGAUGAUCUACUCUUGCAACUACUGUGGGCACGAAUUUAGGGACAAACCUCCUCUAGAUGUUCAUAUCCAGAGAUACCACGCCAAAGACACACCAUUCACAUUUGAUGCCGAUGAGAAGAUGGAUGACGAAGAGGAAGCUGAGGAUUCUGGCAGCCCCGAGAAGGCGACUGUGACACGAGUGGCGCACAGCAGCUUCCAUCUCAAGUGUGCACACUGUCACUUUAGCGUCAGUACCCUUGCGCUGCUUGAGAGCCACGCUCGCGUCCGACACCUGGACCAGGAGUGGUACCGCUGCAAGUUGUGUAAUUUUUUUUCGGCCACACCAGAGUGGAUGGAAAUUCACCUGUCCUCAGAUAGUCACAUGCAGCAGCACGCAGUGAAGACCAGUGCAGAAUCUUCCUCAUUCGAUGUCUACGUUGAGUGUGUAAGCGGAGAGUCUGUGGGAGAUGGCGAAAGUAUAGACGAUGGGGCUCAAGAUGGUGGAGAAGGGGCAGCUACUUUGACAGAAGGAGACCAGGAAACUGAAGAGGCAGUGGAGGCUGCUAAAGCUGUGUUGGUGGAGGUGGAUGAUUCAGAGCUCGAACCCCCCAGAAAAAAACGAGGAAGACCAAAGCAAGGGUCCUCGACCACUUGCGGUUACUGUGGACUGGUAGUCUCCAACGCUACCAACCUCAGUGUUCACGUUCGCCGUAAACACAGCAAGGACUACGGAUACAACUGCACUCUGUGCAACUACAGCUGCGUGACCAAAGGAGACAUGGAUCGUCACUUUAUCACGAAGAAGCAUGUUAAACGUGCACAAGAAUGCGCAAAUAAGAAUCCGGUCAACAAUCACACGAGCGAGGUACCGCAAGAAUCUAUAAGUACACAAGCACAGGAACCAAACUCGGCCUCACACACCACUAAGAAAGAGCCAGAAUCUGACGUCGGAGAAGAGCCAACUCAGUCAGACACAAGCCAGGAAAAAGGUAAAUACGACUCUGUAAAUGCUUGCAACCACUGCAAUUUUGUUGCUCAAUCAGUGCCUUCGCUCCAUCUCCACACCAAGCGAAAGCACACCAAAGAUUUUGAGUACGUCUGUCUAGCUUGUAGUUACCAUGCCGUAACAAGCAGGGAAAUGUCUCGCCACGCGAACACCGAGAAGCACAAACAGAAAAGCCAAAGAUACCUGGAGCAAAUCGGGGGUGAGGGACGAAGAGCGUUGGCACUCCCAAUGGAGAUGAAGGAGGCCAAUGAGCUUUCCGGGGCAAACUCUGACCCUGGAUGUGACACUCCUUGCCCCACUGAAGAGUCUGAACCUUGCUCCGAUGACAGUCAAGCUACAGAAAGUCAGAAUACAGCCACGCCCACCGCAGGACCUGUCGAGGCUGGGGUUGGUGUCGGUGGCAGUGCAGAUGAGAAGCAAGCAGUGAUUGCUACAUCUUCCACUGGCGUGGAAUUAGAUCCAACCAACCAGACUGUCACACUCACGGCACCGUCUGAGCCCCAGCCAGAUUCAGCAAACGAGUCUGCACGGCAAGAGGGCCAGGAGGAAGAGGGUGACGAAUCAGACAAUGAACAUUUGAAUGCUGAUGUGACGAUUGUAGAUGCAAAAAGCAGCAGCUCGAAUUCAGAUGUACAAAGGUUCAAAGCCGUUCCCUUUGAUUCCUGCAUUAUAUCCAUGAAGGCCCUUACUGAGCAGGAGCAGGCACUGGAGGAAGGUCUGGCCCUGGAAGGUGAGGCCGCUGUGAUGUGUCUGACGGGCCUCCCCCCCACAUCUACAUACGCUAAGAAGCUCAAACCCAAGGAAGUGAAGGCAAGGCAGGAAGUCAAAGGAAGCAGCUCUCGCAUACGCUGCGAGGACUGUGGCUUCAUGGCCGACGGCAUGAGCGGCCUCAACGUCCACAUCUCAAUGAAGCAUCCGACCAAGGAGAAGCAUUUCCACUGCUUGGUGUGUGGCAAGUCGUUCUACACGGAGAGCAACCUGCACCAGCACCUGACCAGCGCUGCCCACCUCCGCAACGAGCAGAACAGCGUGGAGGAGCUGCCUGAAGGGGGGGAGAGCUUCAAGUGCGCGAAAUGCACCGAGCGCUUCGUGUCGGAGCAAGAUCUGUUUGUCCACAUUAAGGAGAAACACGAGGAGCUGCUCAGGGAGGUCAACAAGUACGUGCUGGAGGACACGGAGCAGAUCAACCGAGAGCGCGAGGAGAACCAGGGCAGUGUGUGCAAAUACUGUGGCAAGGUGUGCAAGAGCAGCAACUCCAUGGCCUUCCUGGCACACAUUCGUACUCACACCGGAUCGAAGCCCUUCAUAUGCAAGAUCUGCAACUUUGCAACCGCUCAGCUGGGAGACGCCAGGAACCACGUGAAGAGACACCUCGGCAUGAGAGAGUACAAAUGUGACAUCUGUGGAUGGGCCUUCGUAAUGAAGAAGCACCUCAGCACCCACCUGCUGGGAAAACAUGGAGUCGGGCAGCGUAAAGAGAGGAAGUUUGAAUGCAAGUUGUGCGAUCGCUCCUUCAGUGAAAAAUGGGCCCUGAACAACCACAUGAAACUGCACAGUGGGGAGAAACCAUUUAAGUGCGCCUGGCCGUCCUGCCACUACUCCUUCCUCAACCUGUCGGCCAUGAAGGACCACUACAGGACACACACCGGAGAGAAGUCUUAUCUGUGCGACCUGUGCGGUUUCGCCGGGGGCACGAGACACGCCCUCACCAAACACAGACGCCAGCACACGGGAGAGAGGCCCUUCAAGUGCAAGCUCUGCAACUUCGCCUCCACCACGCAGUCGCACCUGUCGCGGCACAAACGCGUUCACACCGGGGAGAAACCAUACCGCUGCCCCUGGUGCGACUACAGAUCUAACUGCGCUGAGAAUAUCCGCAAGCACAUUCUGCAUACGGGGAAACACGAGGGUGUGAAGAUGUACAACUGUCCCAAAUGCACCCACGGCACCAACUCCCCCAUGGAGUUCCGCAACCACCUGAAGGAGAAUCACCCUGACAUCGAGAACCCGGACCUCGCCUACCUACAUGCAGGUAUCGUGUGCAAGUCCUUCGAGUGUCGGCUGAAGGGCCAGGGGGCUACGUUCGUGGAGACCAUGGACUCCCCCGUGCACAGGAAGGGCACGUCGGAGGAGUUCGAACACGACGAACAAGUCCAGCAGGUCAUCAUCAUCCAGGGCUACGGCGGCGGCGAGGUGUCCAUCGACCAGGCCCUGGAGGAGUCGGCCGCCGCCACCCUGCAGACGCUGGCCAUGGCUGGCCAGGUGGCAGAGGUGCUGCACAUCACCGAGGACGGACAAGUCAUCGCCUCUGGGAGGGAGGUGGCAUCUGGCGGGGCCCACCUGGCCGGAGACAGCACCCAGUUCGUGGUGCUGGAGUCGGGGGAGGCCAGGGAGGAGCUGGGCGCCGUCGGCAGAGUUGCAACCGCGGGAAAAGGCCACAGCGUUUCCGAGUCGUCCACGGCCCUGGACGCGCUGCUCAGCGCCGUCAGCGAAAUGGGCCAUCAGGAGGAAACGCAAGGGGAGGCGACCGUCAUCCACGAGGUCCUGACCCCUGAGAUGGCCGAGGCGGCGCAGAGCGAGGUGCGGGCGAAACAGGAGCAGGAGAACGUGCGGGUCAUCCGGGAGGCCGACCGGGAGGGGAUGCAGGAGGUGCUGCAGCUCGCCGCGUCGCAGAUGAUGAAGGAAGGUGUGACCCAGGUCAUCGUCAACGACGAAGGCACCCACUACAUCGUGACGGAGCUGGACAAUUGCACCUUGCAGGUGGAGGAGGGCGUGUACGGGGAGGCGGGGGAAGGGGAGGUGCAGCAGGCGGAGCAGCAGGCCGCGGAAGAGAUGGUGGUGUAUUUGGACGGAGCGCCUCAUAAUUUGGUCCUGGAAGGAUAGAAGAGAGAGACAUCGGGUGAUGAAGGUAAAGAUUUCUCGUUUCACUUCGGUUUAAUCCUGAUGAAGUCUGCAUUAGGAAAUCAGACUCUACACUCUUCCUCUUCCCUUGUUCCCUUUGAUUUCAUUUUCUCCAUGACCUCUGUUGUCUGUUGUCUUACUGUCCUCUGUCGGGCUUAACUCAGGUUAAACAUCCUUCAUUCAGCGGGACAGUGAAGGAAAGAGGCAUCGGUGCUAAUCACAAACACCAACACUGUAUUAACAACUCUUUUAAUCCCGUGAAAAGGAAAUGAAUGUAUUUCCUCAUUAAAUAUUUUUUUAAGAUCACAUCUAACAUUCUGAGAUUGAAAUGGCUCACUGCGAAGGAGAAUGUGUAUUUUGUUCCAUAGAGGUAGAGUUUUCCUCGGGAUGCGUAUGUAUUUCAUCAUCUUAUGUUCCGUGUUGUUGCGAUAUUGUUUGGUUCAUUCAUUUGUCCAUUUUUCUUUCAUCCUUUGUAGCAAUUAGUUUAAAGGGGCAGUAAGCGUUUCUAAAGCCACAGACCGCACCACACAACACCCCGAGCGCAGUUUGUAGACGUCACUCGUCGACACGUUAAGAGACGUGAUGGUGGGCGGCGCUGCAACGCCGUGGUUUUGGCCUAGUGGUUUAGGAGUCGGACUCCCACACCCACGACCCGGGAGCAGGAAAAUCACAACAACAACAAAGAGAGAAAUAUUCUGUCUCCAGAAUCGCUUACUGCCCCUUUAAUGUCAGUGACAAACCAAUAAACUUUUGGAUUUUGAAAACAGAUCUAAUGGAUGUCUUAUGCUA